UAUUAUUGGUAAAGUUGCACACACAUAGCUUCUUUUUAAUUAGGGUUCUCACUUCUCUCCAACCAAUUUAUUUAUUUAUUAUUAGCGAGAGAGAGAUAGAGAGAGAGCGCGAGAGAGAUGAGUUCGAGAGAGAAAGAUCCGGCGAUGCCACAUCAGCCUCUUCUCAGUAGUCUCGUCGUCCGGCCAAGUGACAGCGACGGCGGUGGCGGUGGUAGCGACUACGAGCCCGGCGAGGUCCGACCCGGCCCGCCUCCCUAUUCUCGCUCCGAACAAUUUGCUGACGGAUAUAGAGUGCGUGCAGGUUCAGCUUCUCCUGUGCGACGCAGAACUACUGAGCGUCGCUAUAGUCCUGAAUUUGAUCAUCAAAAUGGUCCACCUCGCAGUCAUGGAUUUGGCAGAGGAAGAGAUCCUCCAAGAUAUCGAGAUCAUUCACCUCCUUAUGGUCAUAUGAGGGAAGGUGGCAGGUUUAAUGGUAGAGGUUUGGGUCCAGGGACAUUCAGGGGGGACGACCUGCCUAGAAACAGUCCUAAUGUGCGCCCCAGGGAAGGAGAUUGGGUAUGCCCUGACCCCAGAUGCAAUAACUUGAACUUUGCAAGGCGAGAGUCCUGUAACAAGUGCAAAAGGCCUCGUUAUGAUCUAGCUCGGAGUCCUAGGAGGGGUUAUGCUGGGUUUCCACCUCCUUUUGCUCGGCGCUACCCUGGACCAGGACCUGCACUAGACCGUUAUCCUGGGAGGCCCAUGAGUGGUUACAGAUCCCCUCCUCGGGGUUGGGCUAGGAGUGGUCCUAGAGACUUUGGGCUCGGUGGUCCUCCAAAUCGCAGGCGUGAAGGUCGUUUUCCUGAUCAUCCAAUGCGCAGAGAUCAUCCAGAUUAUAUUGAGGACAGAUUCAGGGACAGGCCGAGGAUUGAAAGACCAAUGCCGCUGGAUUGGGAUAGAGAGCGGGAAAGAGACCAUUUAUUAAGCGACAGAAAAGGGUAUGAGAGGCGACCACUAUCUCCACCUGAGCCUCCUACAUUGCUUCCUCCUCGUGGUCACUGGCCUCAUGACAUGAGAGGGAGGAGUCUGUCUCCGGUCAGGGAUGUACCUCCGCCAAGGCCUCAUGAUGUGAGAGAGAGGAGUCGGUCUCCAGUCAGGGAUCUACCUCUGCUUAGGCCCCAUGACGUGAGAGAGAGGAGUCGGUCUCCGGUCAGGGAUCUACCACCACUAAAGAACUACCGCAGGGAUAUCUACAUGGAAAGAGAUCGAGAUGACAGGCGGACACUGGGACGCGAUCGAGUUGGGGAUGCCUACUGAGUCCUGUUGGAGCAAAUCACAAUUACUUGUAGUGGCCUCGAUAGGUAUGUUAGAGGAGACCAUAUGAUACCUUACAAGUCUUGCUGCUUCCAUAAAACAAUUUCUUGGUGCUGUUGUGAGCCCAGAAGAGACUCAUACUCUCUUUUAUAUCGUGUUAUCAUUGUCUUCAUCACUUUUAUCCCUGAUCCAGUAUUUUGCAGUUAGUUUGCAGAAGCGAAACUAAGGUUACAUUCUCUC